UCAGAGCGUUCCGGUCGCCGUGCCGUGUCUCCGUGGGAGGGAACUGGUCCCAGCAGACGAGACGAGACGAGACGAGAACAGAACGAGACGAGGAGAGGAGGAAAGAAAUUGCCAGGGCACAGGGUAUGAGUUUCAGGGAGCAAGGGAAGGACGAGUUUGUGAAGGGGCUCGAUCGCGAGGGAUAGUCCGGUUCGAGGCUGGCUGGCUGGCUGAGAUUUGGUCAUGGCCGUGUCGGUGAAUGGAAGGGUAGGUGGGGGCUCGACCGCAGCAGGUUUGAGUGCAGUGCAGGAGGCCAUCAAGGCGCAGCGUUUUGCGGAUCUUGCUGAACUGCUCGACACUCUUGAACUGGAGACAGCUGCUACUGGAACUGGAAUUCCCCAGGACUGGCCCUAUACGAUUCAUCUACUAGCCCAUGUUGUCGUUGGAGACUUAAACAGUGCUAGAUUUUUGUGGAAGCGCAUCCCAGCUCCUGUGAAACAAAAUAAUCUCGAACUUAUAGCUGCGUGGAAGAUUGUGAAAUGUUUAUGGGCUCAUGGCCAUGCCGCAGUCCAUGAGGCACUUCGCAGCUACAGCUGGAGCCCGGAAGUCCAACAAGUUAUUUCUGCCGUAGCUGAGAAUUAUUCUCAGAAGAUGCUGAAGCUUCUGUACACAGCCUAUUCUACCAUCAGCGUUUCAGAUGCCGCAGGAUGCUUGGGGAUGACAGAACAAGAAGUUGUGAGCUAUACCAUGCAGCAUGGCUGGACAUUGGAUCCUGUGGCGAAAAUGCUGACGGUUAGCCCAAAUGUGUCAAGUGUAGAGCAGAAGACUGAUGCAAGUCAGCUGCAAAGUCUAACCGAAUAUGUAUUUCAUUUGGAGCAUUGAUACCUACAUGCGACUCAAUUUUGACCCUUUGUGGAAUUUUUCAACAUGUACAGUAUGCGUGGUUUUUGUCGGCUACAUGAUAUUGGUAACGUCGUUUUCACGAUAUUAUUGUACUGCCGUACAAUUGACUGUCAUUUACCUCGAAAAGACGACUACCAUUUUGGUCUGUUUAUGUAAUUUGUAGUUCGAAGUGCUGUAUAUUGUGAAAUUGAUGUUUUGAAUCUCCUUUUCUCGAUAUUGAUCGCAGUCAAAUACUAAUAUAUGCCAA